AUCGCAGACCGUUUCGUCGGCGCCACGCUCGACUGGUGGCCGUCGUCCAAGCCCUCUCCCAACCCCGGCGCGACGCUGCCCUGGGUCAACGCGUCCAUCCUGAACGUGGAUCUCGCGAAUCCGGCGCUCCGCGGAGCUGCAAAAGCGCUGGCGCCGUUCAUCCUGCGGAUCGGCGGCUCGCUCGCGGACCAGGUCGUCUACGGGGCGUCGUGCGAAGGCGAGGGCUUCGUCGCGAACGCGUCGGCCUACCGGAGCUUCGCGUACAGCGGCGGCUGCGUCGAGUAUGCGCGCGUCCACGCGGCGCUCGACUUUUGCGCGGACGUCGGCUGCGACGUGGCCUUCGGGCUGAACUUCCUCGCGGGCCGGGCGCCGGCGCCGGGCACGCGCGAGCGGUGGCGCGGCGCCUGGGACGCGUCGAACGCGGCCGCGCUCCUCCGGGAGCUGCGCGGCCGCGGUGACGGUGGCCCUUACGCCUUCGAGCUCGGCAACGAGGUCGACGGAACAGCCGGGAUAGCAGCGAAAUUGAACGCGUCGGAGACGACGGCCGGGUUCCUCGAGCUCCGCCGCGCGGUCGACGCGCUCUGGGGCGACGGCGCGCGGCCUUUGAUCUUCGGGCCCGACGCUUCCGGCUUCGACGACGACGUGUUCAUGCCCGCGCUCCUCGCGGAGGACGCCCCUUUUGACGCGCUGACGUACCACAUGUACUUCCUCGGGAGCGGCAGCUCGUCGGCCGUUCCUCGGGAAGUCGUCAACGCGACGUACCUGAACGAGCUGGCGCCGCGCGUCGCGGGCCACGAGGCCGUUGUGGCCGCGCGCGCGCCGCGGCUGCCGCUGAUCCUCGGCGAGGGCGGCGGCGCGUGGGACUCGGGGCAGCACGGCGUCACGGACGCGUUCGCGUCCGGGUUCUGGUGGCUGGACUACCUCGGCACGCUCGCGGUCCACGGCCACGACGCCGUGUUCCGCCAGGCGCUCGUGGGGGGCAACUACGGGCUGCUCGCGGACGGCACGUUCGCGGCGCGGCCCGACCUCUUU